GCAAGCGCACAACCGCACGGCCGCGUAGCUCCGAUCCUGCCGAAAACGCCUUGCGGGGAGGUUGAGCCGCUUGCACAAUGUCUGAAAUGAACGAGCUGUCCGAGCUCUAUGAGGAAAGCAAUGACCUGCAGAUGGAUGUGAUGCCUGGCGAGAGUGACCUUCCGCAGAUGGAGGUAGGCGGCGGGAGCCGGGAGCCAUCCCUGAACCCCUCCCGCGCCGGGGCCCAGCCACAGCUGGAGGAGGAAGGCCCGAUGGAGGAGGAGGCCGCCCAGCCAAUGGCGGAGCCGCUGGGGCAGCGAGGCCUCGCCAGCCGGCCCGGCCCUGGGGAGCAGCCAGGCCAGAUCGCGGGCCCUGAUUUCGAGAGCGAGGACGAGGGCGAGGAAUUCGAUGACUGGGAGGACGACUACGACUAUCCGGAAGAGGAGCAGCUGAGUGGUGCAGGCUACAGAGUAUCCGCGGCCCUUGAAGAAGCCAACAAGAUGUUUUUGAGAACCUCCAGAGCCAGAGAAGCAGCUCUGGAUGGCGGGUUUCAGAUGCAUUACGAGAAGACCCCGUUUGAUCAGUUGGCUUUUAUCGAAGAGCUUUUUUCACUCAUGGUUGUCAAUCGUCUGACCGAAGAGCUCGGCUGCGAUGAGAUUAUUGAUAGAGAGUAGUUAAACGCUGGGAAGAGAGGAGGAAACUACUUGAGGAGAGACCUGGCAUUCCACUGUCUCUUGGGUUCAUUCCAAAUAGUUCCGUGCCAAUGAAAAACUUGGUCUUCAAAAAAAAAAAAUUUUUUUUUUUUUUUUGUAGAAUAAAGUAGUGACUGCACAGUUAUGAAAAA